AUGUCACUUAGCUUGGCUCUAGGACGACAUAUCGUACGUUCAGUCUCUCCAACUGCUUUCAUUGGAGCUGGAAGAGAGGCUGUUUUUGAAGUCACUUCCGCAGUAUUUUAUAAAACUAUGGCUGACGAGAUAACAAAAAUCACACAAGCACUGGAAACACUGGAGAGGCAGUAUGUCAUGCACAAAGAAAAAUUUGAACAUUGGAAAAUAGAUUAUGAAAAGCAACGUGGAAGUGAGACGUACAAUAAUUACGUGAAAGAAUUCGAACAGUGGGAAGCAGGAGUGCAAGAGCAACGGCGACAGUUGAUAAUGGAAAAAAAUAAUAUCCGUGGUUUUGUUGAUGUUGACCACACUCUUGGUAUGGCUUUUUUGGUUAUCAUUGUCUAUGUUUUAUUGGCUGGGGUAACCUUCGAGGAUUUCAUGGUUGCUAUCGCUACUAUGACCAGCAAGGACAAAACCUUUUUUCGCUCAUUAUUGUCUAUAUACAUGAGCAUUAACAGUGCAGGUGAAACUCGACCUUUAUAUCCAACUUUUUCUUCUAACGUGCUCUAUCCAGCUAAUGUUUCGCAUCCGUACUCUACACCUCAGUAUGCUUCUUCAUCGACUGUUCAACCAGCAGUUCCGACCUAUGCAGGGUAUUCGCUUCCCCGUUCGGAUAUUGUUGGAAGCAAUAUGGCUAAGAGACCAUUUGAAAGGAAUGCGACGGUGAAUCCGGGCCCUGACAAGUGGAAAAUGGAUGAGCCUGCAAAAAAAAGUUUCCGUGCUCCUUCACCAGUGAAAGAUUACAGGAAUCCUUCAACACUACCUUUCCGUGAUUUCAGCCAAACGUGA